UCUUUUUUCUUUUUUUCCUCUUUUUUGUCGCAUUAGGUGCUUUUAAAAUUUCCAAGGAAACUCUGAAAUAUUCCACCCUGAUCCGUAGAAACAUUUUAGUGACGUUGAAUUUUUGCUGAGCUCAAUUCCAGAACAUGAGCAGUCUCAGACUUCCAGCAGUCUCCUAAGCUGUUUUGAUUUUCCAUCCUCCAAGGAGGGUCACUCUUCGGUUUCGUUCUCUGUUGUCUCCCAAGUUCAACUUUCGGCUGCGAGUUACGAGACUAUCAUUUUGGAGGUAUCUCUUGCCGUCUUUCCAAUUUCGAUAUUUGUUUACCUUUACGACUGUCAUUCAAUUUGCAUGAAAUACUGCUUAAUACUAAUAAAAAUGCAUCCAUUUAAAUAUGUGCCCCACUGUUACACAUUGUCGGAUCUCGGAGUUUCUUGGGAGAAGAAUUUGAAGAUUGUUAAGUAAGCACGAAGCAAAACUGAAUAUAUCCUAACCACAGAGCCUUAUCUCGAAAACAAUGAAAUUAAAGUGGCUGAUACAAUGGCUGAUAAUUUGGAAAGUAACAUCCGUCCAUCCGAUGCACAUGCAGCAGGCGGAAGAAACCCAGACGGCAUUCUCCACGAAUGGCCAUGUUGCUGAUGAAGGAUCCAACAUCCGAGCUUCCCCACGGCAUAAUAAACCAGACUAUGAAAGAAGGAGAGCCUCGUUCGUUAGCAGAUCUAAUGGAGCUAUCAUGAAAUCACGUGCAUCCGAAGGAAAGCCAUCCAGCCCUCGCUUAAACAGAAAAUCGACUUCAGGCAUACAGGGGACACCUGAAAAGGCUUUGAGCAACGAUUCGUUCAGAUGGAAUAAUCGUGACCCGAACUCUCUCCAAAAGAAAAGACUCCAGAAAGGAGGCAGGACACUGAGACGGCAUGAAACUGCGGCUAUAAAUCGGACAACAUCGAGUUCACGCGGACAGGGGUCACCCAGUAAUGGGGGGUCAGCUAGAAAAGGGUCACCCAGUAAUGGGGGGUCAGCUAGAAAAGGGUCACCCAGUAAUGGGGGGUCACCUAGAAAAGGGUCACCCAGGGCGGAGUCACGGCCAGAGACACCCGCGGGGGGGUUACCCGGAGGAGGGUCACCCAGCACGCGGCUACGUAGGGGAUGGUCAACCAAAACGGUGGAGUUCUUCAAAGCGUGUGCAGGGGGAAAAUUAGCCGCGUCAGGAUCGUUUGGAACGUGGUCACCAGCCGCAUCAUUUCGCAAAUCAGAGGCAUCAAACCGGCCAUUUCGGAAUAGUUAUUACACAGCACGAAUGAACAACGUCAGGGCGUUUCUGGAGAACGAUCCUUGCAACAAACCUGCGGAGGAAGAGGACCAGGACAACCCUGACAAGAAAUACCAUUGGAGGAGGGCUCACGCAAUGUGCUCUCGAGCAGUCAUGGAGCUUCACAGCUUGCCCCCGGACCUGACUGGCCGCUGUCGUCACUGUAUCAGAGCAUGGUGUCGUGAAGUACAGAUAAAAAACUGGUGGUCAAAGAAAAAAACAAAAUUCGUUUGCACAGUGAAGGAGGAGGUCAAGAGAACGGUUGUAAACCAGGAUGAAGUAGACGUGACGGGCGCACCUCCAAAGUACGAUAUCGAAUUUAGAGUAGUUCCCCUCUUUGAGUGCGCGAAGGAGGCCAUGCGUGAGCUCAAGCGAUCAAGGCAGAUUGCCGAACCGCAGCAAGUGCUGUACGACGAUUGGGUUCUUUAUUUAGAAACGAAAAAAGAAGAGGAAGAGGAAGAAGAUGGAGAAGAGGAAGACGAGGGUGAAGAAGAAGAAGAAGAAGAAGAAGAAGAAGAAGAAGAAGAAGAAGAAGAAGAGGAGGACGAAGAAAAAAAAAGAAGAAGUGCCUCCUUGAAGAAAGUCCCGCCUCCCAAAGUCCCUUCGGAUCAGUAACGUAGCGUGCUUUGCGAUAUAUCGAUUGAUCUGACAUUUAAACCUGUGGAAAAGGAUCGAUAAACCGGGUGUUCGCAGCGAACAUUUUAAUAACCGAUUAUUUACCACAGCUUCAAAUGGGAAAAUAUCGAUAAAUCGAAAAGCACGCCACGCCACUGCACCGGAUGUUCGACUACUUGGUUCAGUCUUAGAAUAUCGAGAUAAAAUGUGCCUGUUAUAAGCAAGAGACACAGCCAACUAAAUACACUUUUCAUUUUCUCGCUCCCCUUACGGAUAGAGGAAGUAUUGUUAUCCCCCCCCCC